UCGACAUGUCGGACUUUUCAUAUAAAUGGACGAACUUAAUUACUCUCUCAAGUUUGUCAACCUUUGCGAAAAUCCUCUUGCAUUAUCAUCUUCUUCUUCCACUUGGUUUGAGAUGGACAGUUCUGAAGCAGAUCUAGGUAGAAUUGAGGCACAAAUGUCAACGGAUGUGUCUCAUGAUCGACAUAAAGGUUCUCAAAGCGGAGGUGAUCCCACCACUCCAUCUAAGGGAGACACCGAAUCUGUGGCAGAGUUUCUUACUAACUUUAGAUUGUCGGAUCUUUUCGAUCCCGGUGAAGAUGUCUUGAUGACUCCGGAGAUUUUUAGUGGAAUAAGUAAUGGGAGCAAAGAAUGUCUAGAGAAGUUGAGAAGCUAUGGAACCCCAAUGGCAUGUCUCAAGAGCAAUACAGGAGAUUCAAUUCUUCAUCUUGCUGUUUCAUGGGGGCAUCUAGAACUGGUUAAGGAGAUCGUAUCUGAAUGUCCGUGCCUUCUAUUGGAGCCAAACUCGAGCGGUCAAACACCGCUUCAUGUGGCGGCUGAUGGAGGUCAUACCACUGUUGUUGAGGCUUUUAUUAAGUUUUUAACAUUUGCUUCAGCUAGACUGUGUACUGAGGAGAGUGAGAGGCUGAAUCCAUAUGUUCUCAAGGAUGAAGAUGGAAAUACUGCUCUGCACUUGGCCUUGGAAGGAAGCUAUAUGGAGAUGGCUACAUGUCUAGUGAACGCGAACCAGGAUGCUCCUUUCCUUGGGAAUAACAAGGGAAUAUCUUCCUUGUAUAUUGCAGUAGAAGCUGGAGAGGUAUCCCUUGUCAAAGAAAUUUUAAAAACACAGGGCAACAAGAACCUUAAAGGGAAGAAGUCUAACUUAGUUUUGAAGUUACAAGGGAAUAAAUUUCUUGGUCAUGUUGCUUUGAAGGCCAAGAGCAUAGGUGUCCUUGAUGUUAUCUUUAAUGAGUGUCCAACUCUUAUGAAUGAGCGAGAUAGAGUAGGAAGGACUUGUCUUUCAUAUGGAGCAUAUAUAGGGUAUUAUAAAGGAGUAUGCAACCUCUUAGAUUGAUCACCAAAGAGUGUAUAUGUCUGCAACCAAGAUGGUUCAUUUCCAAUUCAUACGGCUACAGAGGAAGGUCAUGAAAACAUUGUUGAAGUGUUUAUGAAACGUUGUCCAGAUUCAAAACACCUACUUAACAAACUUGGUCAUAACUUUUUCCACGUUGCAGCCAAACAUGGAGACUUAUUUAUUUGGAAUUCAGGUUUGUUGACGAUGAACAAAGAUAUGGAAAAUCUGAGUGGUAGACAAGAUGUGGACGGGAAUACACCUUUGCACAUUGCCGUCAUAAAUUGGAACUUUGAAUCUAUUACUUCUUUUGCUAGGACUAGCAGGAUAGUGAAAUUACGAAACAAAAACGGCUUAAGAGCUUUAGAUACUGCCGAGUCAGAGCUGAAACCCAAUUACAUCUUUAAGGAGAGGUGGACAUUGGCGCUUUUAUUAUACACUAUCCACUCAAGGGGUUUCGAAUCUGUACACUCAUUAACAAGACCAGUAGAGCCACUAGACCCUAAGAAUAGCAGAGAUUAUGUCAACACUCUUCUACUAGUAGCGGCUCUUGUAGCCACAAUGACGUUUACUGCAGGUUUUACAAUACCAGGUGGAUUUAACAGCUCUGGUCCACACUUGGGCAGGGCAACUUUGGCCACUAACCCAACUCUCUUCAUUUUUCUGUUACUUGACAUCUUGGCAAUGCAAAGUUCUGUUGCAACGAUAGGUACUCUUAUUUGGGCACAAUUGGGUGAUCCUCUACUCAUCCGAAAAUCUUUACAUGUGGCCUUGCCUUUACUGUUUUUUGCUCUGCUCUGCAUGCCUUUGGCAUUCCUUUUUGGCGUGAUCACUGUAGUUGGGCAUGUGAAAUGGCUUUUAGCCAUCAUUUGCACUAUAUCUGUUUUAUUCUUCCUUUGGGCGAUCUUUGUCCUUGGCCCUCACGUCAUGCUACAACGGCCAUACGUUUCUCCCAAGUACGCUGGUUACUUUCUCGUGACUUUUAUGCAGUAUAAAUUUGUCAUUGAGCUUAUUGUGAAUUACACAAGGGUGAUAUUUUUGGGUUGUUACUAA